AUAACUAAAAAAAUAUUUUUCAUUUGUUCAUCAAUCUCUACUUUUGAAAAAAUAGAAUGUUAAAAGAAACGGAGCAUAAAGCAAAAAACUUGGGAAAGAAGUCAGUCAGGCUAGCUUAGAGCAAAAGGAUUUCUGUUUCCGUUGUUAUGGUUGUGGAAGAAAGGUCUUAAAAAGAAAUUUGAAGCAGAGCGGAGUUUGGGUUAGGAUUUAGGUGUUUUUGAGAAGGCAAAGCAAAGACAAAUAAAAAAAUGGAUCUCAAUAUGAACGUGAACCCCCCUCACUCCAUGGGCACAACCAUCAUCGGAGUCACCUACAACGGCGGUGUCGUUCUCGGCGCCGACUCUCGUACCAGCACCGGGAUGUAUGUUGCUAACCGGGCAUCUGACAAAAUUACACAGCUCACUGAUAACGUCUACGUUUGCCGUUCUGGAUCCGCCGCUGAUUCUCAGAUUGUUUCCGACUAUGUCCGUUAUUUCCUUCAUCAACAUACGAUACAGCUCGGGCAGCCUGCAACAGUCAAGGUUGCUGCAAACCUUAUCAGGCUGCUAUCCUACAAUAAUAAGAACAUGCUUCAGACUGGCCUUAUUGUUGGUGGGUGGGAUAAGUACGAAGGCGGUAAAAUAUAUGGAAUUCCUCUUGGUGGAACACUGAUUGAGCAGCCUUUUGCUAUUGGAGGAUCUGGCUCCAGUUACCUAUAUGGGUUUUUUGAUCAGGCAUGGAAGGAAGGAAUGACAAAGGAUGAAGCUGAGCAACUAGUGGUUAAGGCAGUUUCUCUUGCCAUUGCUCGAGAUGGUGCUAGUGGGGGUGUUGUUCGCACUGUCAUUAUCAACUCUGAAGGAGUGACGAGGAACUUCUACCCUGGUGACAAACUUCCACUGUGGCACGAGGAAUUGGAGCCGCAGAAUUCAUUACUGGAUAUGCUGAACGUUCCUAGUCCUGAACCAAUGAAUAUUUAAUCAAGGGGACUCACCUUUUAGGUGUUGUUAAGCUGCUAGAUUUGUUCUCAUUGCAAGCUUUUUAUUUCUUUUUGUUCUUUCUAAGGCAGGAUUUUUAUGUUUAGUUGACCCAAAAAACAAUUUAUCUGUUAUGGCUUGAGUGGGAAUUCAGUUUCAUUUAAAUGGCACUAAAACCAUUUGUUUCAUGAUUUA